CUUAAAUUUCCUUUAACUAGCUCAUGGUUCUUCUUCGAACUCUCAAAGUACCAACCAGAUCAUAGGCAAAACCAGCAUCAAGUAACAAUGACAGCUUCAACUUCCUCCCCACCUCCCAGGGUAGUGUUCAUCACAGGCGGAGCGAGCGGUAUCGGCGCUCAAUGCGCUCGGCUCUUCGCCUCUGAAGGGUACCACGUCGUGAUAGCCGACAUCAAUGCCGCUCUAGGCGAGGCGCUGGCGAAGGAGAUCAAUGGUGCGGGAAGUACUCAAGCAGUCUUUGCAAGCUGUAAUGUCACCAGCUUGCAGAGUCUGGAGGAGGCGGUUGCAUUGGGUGUGUCUUCCUUUGGGAGACUAGAUGUGGCCAUCAACUGUGCAGGCAUUACAGGCGGUAAGCUGCAGCGCAUCGUCGACCUCCCCGAGAGCGAGUUCGACAAGGUGCACUCCAUCGACACGCGAGGAAUGUUCCUCAGUCUCAAAGCCGAGCUCAAAGUCAUGCUCACUCAAUCUCCCACAAGUUCCUCCCCUCGCGCUUCAAGAGGGAUCAUCAUCAAUGUCGCUUCGCGUGCAGGACUGGAGGGAGUACCAACCUUUGGAGCAUACUGCACUGCAAAGCAUGGCAGCGUGGGACUGACAAAGGUCGCUGCGCUGGAGCACGCCGAGGACCGGAUCCGCAUCAAUGCCAUUGCUCCUGGAUUGAUUCGGACACCUGGACAUACUUCAGACCCAACACAUAGGGAUCUAGAUGCGAGACUGGCAGCAGCAGUGCCGAUGAAGAGGUGGGCGGAUCCGGAAGAGUGUGCGGAUGCUAUCCUGUUCUUGGCCAGCGAUGCGAGCUCAUUCAUGACGGGAGCAGUGCUGGAGGUGGAUGGUGGCAUGGCUGCAAAGAGUCGUUGAUCAACUGAAGUGUCCAGAAUACAUGCAUGGGCUCAAUAUCGCUGCCCUGAUCUCUGUUGAGCUUGAUACUAUAAAUCUCAUGACUAUUGCACAUUCAA